AUGGAAACAGUCCUGGCGAGUCAGAGCCCCCUGAUGGGAGGCUAUUCGUAUGACUUCGUCGAGAUCUGGCAUGCCCACCGUGGCCCGGUCCUCCUUGUCGUCCUCUCCAUCCUCCUCGCGGUGCGCGUAUACCUGCACCUCAACGAACCCAAGAACGAGUUGGUUGCAUUCCAAGAGAUCUACGGAGCAGAUCCGAAAAAGCAGUCUACUGCUGCUACCACUGCUGGCGUCGACGAGAAGAAGCGUGAGGCUGCGACGAGGGCUGCCGAUGCCGAGAAGAAGGAUAUCACUGCCGUCGCUGCCGGCAGCAGGGGACCGCGCCGAAUCAAGGGAGGCCUGGCCAAUAAGUCUCUGCGCGGAAAGAAGGACCAGCCCUCAUCGGAGGAGGAUGACGCCGCCAAGAAGCCCAUCAAAAUCUUUGUCUUCUUCUCGUCCGUGACGACCAAGACGCAGAAGCUUGCCGAGUUCUACGUCAGCAGCCUGACGUCGGCUGCGGGAAAGUUCACAGAGGAGAGCGGCCGGCACUUCCUUGAGCCCGAGCUGCGCGAUCUGUCCGAGAUUGACUUUGACGACUACUUCGUCUCACUGCCGAAGCCGGAGCAGCAGCCCGACGCCGACAUGUUCUACCUCCUCCUGGUGCCGAGCUACAACAUCGACACCAUCAAUGACACUUUUAUGCAGCACCUCGAGGAGACGCAUCACGACUUCAGGAUCGACACGGCUCCGCUCUCCCCGCUGCUCGGAUACUCCGUCUUCGGCUUUGGCGACAAGGAGAACUGGCCCACCGAGGCCGAGGGCUUCUGCUUCCAGGCCAAGGAGACGGACAGGUGGAUGGCCAAGCUGACGGCUCGUAAGAGGGCGUACCCCCUCGGCAUGGGUGAUAUGAAGAGCGACCACGUCGAGAGGUUCGCCGAGUGGGCGAACGGCGUCCAGGAGGUCCUGGUCAACAUCGCGCGCGUCGGCAAUCUGGGCGAAGGCGUGCCUGGUAGCGGAGAGGCAGCGGAGAGCGACGCCGAAGACGUGGCCGAGGACGAGGACGAUGGCGAGGUCAUCUUUGAGGACCAGGAGGAGGAGGCGGACGGCGGGGGCAGGGCUCUUGACGAUGUCGAGGACCUGGGCAAGAUGGUGCGCAGCGACGACAAGGCCGCCAAGGUGGUCAAGGCCCCCUUGGCAGUGGACUUUACCACGUACGGCGGUGGUGGUGCGUCGUCGGGGGCGGCGGCCAAGAAGACGGCCAAGAAGUCCUCUCAGGCGCCGCCCAUCGGCCCCAAGGAGAUGGUGGCCAAGAACUCACCGACGUACACGGCCCUCACCAAGCAAGGGUACGCGAUUGUGGGGUCGCACUCCGGCGUCAAGAUCUGCCGGUGGACCAAAUCUGCGCUGCGCGGUCGCGGCAGCUGCUACAAGUUCUCGCUGUACGGAAUCAACUCGCACCAGUGCAUGGAGACGACGCCAUCGCUGUCGUGCUCCAACAAGUGCGUCUUCUGCUGGCGGCACGGGACCAACCCGGUGGGCACGACGUGGCGGUGGGUGGUGGACCCCCCGGAGCUCAUCUUCGAGGGCGUCAAGGAGAACCACUACAAGAAGAUCAAGAUGAUGCGCGGCGUGCCCGGGGUGCGGGCGGAGCGGUUCAGCGAGGCUCUGAGGAUCCGCCACUGCGCGCUGUCGCUGGUGGGCGAGCCCAUAUUCUACCCCUACAUCAACGAGUUCCUGGGCAUGCUGCACGCGGAGCGCAUCUCGUCGUUCUUGGUCUGCAACGCCCAGCAUCCAGACCAGCUGGCUUCGCUCAAGGCCGUGACGCAGCUGUACGUGUCCAUCGACGCGUCCAACCGCGAGUCGCUGCGCAGGGUCGACCGCCCGCUGCACCGCGACUUCUGGGAGCGCUUCGAACGCUGCCUCGACAUACUGCGCGAGAAGCGCUUCCGCCAUCGUACCGUCUAUCGUUUCACCCUCGUCAAGGGCUUCAACGUCGACGACGAGGCCGAGGGCUACGCGCGCCUCGUCGAGCGCGGCCUCCCCUGCUUCGUCGAGGUCAAGGGCGUCACCUACUGCGGCACCGCCACCUCGUCCAACGCCGGCCUCACCAUGGGCAACGUCCCAUUCUACUGGGAGGUCUGCGACUUCGUCCGCGCCCUUAACGCCAAGCUCGAGGAGCGCGGCCUCGACUACGGCAUCGCCGCCGAGCACGCCCACAGCUGCUGCAUCCUGCUCGCCAGCCGCCGCUUCAACGUCGACGGCAAGUGGCACACCCACAUCGACUACGACCGCUUCUUCGAGCUGCUCGAGGAGAGAGGGCCCGACGGCGACUGGACACCCGAAGAUUACAUGGGCCCGCCCACACCCGAAUGGGCCCUCUGGGGCAACGGUGGCUUCGACCCCAGGGAUGACAGGGUCGACAGGAAAGGCCGCAGGAUCGAACCUGUCGUUGUGCGCGACCGUCCGGAUGACGCAAUGGAGUUCUGA